UGCUGGUAAUCGGGUUCUUGCUACUUAUGCUGGGACAUUACAGAGCAACGACGAGAAGAUGGACAUCGAAAACUAUUAGCUACUCAGCAAUUCAAGCCGCUACUAUAGCUAUUAAAAGUCCACAUCUUGGGCAUACUAGUAAUAAUUCUUUCAUAGCUGCUCUCUCUCUCGGCAAGAGCCAAGCCGGAAAAAACAAGAACUGGAGUCCUGGAGCGAAAGGUCACCUAAAAGUGCCGAUGAAUCCAUUGUGUUCUCCAUGGGAUUCAUGUGCUGGACGUUGCGAGCAAAACUUCAGUCGACUGCCAUUCUCGUGCAACUGUGACAGCAUGUGUACGGCCUAUGGGGAUUGCUGUGUAGAUUUCUUGAUACACUGUGAUGUAAAUCAGACAAUAGACGGAUUCCGGAGAAUGAGACUGGAAGCAAAAAGUAGUUACCCCAUCUGUAUGGCGCAAAAUGAUUCAUCCUGGCCAUUCUUCAUCGUAAAUUUUUGUCCACCAUCUUGGUCAAAUGAUUCUGUGAGGAUGAAAUGUGAGAACAUGGUAAACAGUGUUUCUUUAAGCCUUGUACGAGGGCCAAAUGGAUUACUGUACACGCAGAACUGUGCAAUUUGUAACGGUUUGUCCAAUAAUGAAACUCUAGGGAUAAACUCUGAAAACCAAAGAAACUGGAAAGUAUCAUCCCAUUCGAAUAGCUUUAGUAGUUUCAAACAUGAUUUACUCCAUGACAAAUACUUGGAAAAAGAGGGAACUCAAACAAGGCGUCACUGCUUCCCAUCAGUUAACACCUGUAAGUUCACGAACAUGCAUCUUCAGGGUUACAGUUUAGAUUGGCUUUGUUGGGCUCAUAGCGGAAUCGUUGUUUCAAUUUCUUCUUCUUCUGAGCAGCUCAAAGCAGCAGGCACGGCAUAUAAGAACGUUUAUUGUGCUCUAUGCAAUGAAGAAGACUUGGAUUCGUUAACUUGUCCUGCUUGGAUUUUUCAUGAUCGUUCAGCAUCUACUGACCUACUAAACGACUUUCCUAACCUUUCCUCUACCACUUUAGAUUGGUCGAGGAACAAAGUUCAGCACGACAUUCCAGCAGCUUUCUCCAUUUUACUUAAUUUUGGGUUAGAUGGUAAAGAGCGGAUGAUGUUCUCUUCCGAAGGAGAAGAAGAAAUGAGAAGAAACAUGGCACGGUGUAAAUCAGGACAGAUGUGGGAUCCAUUUAGUAACAUUUGUCGUAAAGUAUACUGCAGUACAGAAUUCGUGUUCGUUGAUUUCCGUUGUGUUCGUAAAAGUAACAUAACAAACGAAAAAGAACCUGGUUCUGAGGGAGAUCCAAUACUAGCAGAUGUAGAUUCUAUAUUUGUGGGUUUGGUGCUUACCAUUGAAAUGGAUUAUUUUGAUGUGUUGGAAAUCAUUAAAAAUGAAAAAUUAAAUAUGAGAAAUAUGAUCAAAAUAUCACUGGCCAAAAUGUACAAGAUUAGUGCUGAUCGAAUCCAAGAUGUUCAAAUCAAAAUGCAACCAUAUUCUCUGAUGCUUAACGACUCAGAAACAGAAAAUAUUAUGUUCGAAAGCCUUUUCGCAAAUCCUGUGGUGUUUAAAGUUGAAUUCAAAUUGUAUGAACCUUGCGAUAACUUAACCAAGUCAGAACCAACCGUAGACAGCAUAGUCUCCAGCAUGUCUUCAUCUGUUGCCCAAAACACCUUUUACUUGGACAUUUACAACAGAACCAGUAAAGUUUUUGAAAUCCACGAAAGCUUGGAAACUCUAACCGAUUGGUGUGGACCUCGAUCCAAUGGACGACAACUGGAUUACUGGAAUCAAGAGUUUACUUUGAUACUAAACGAAAACUCUACUGCUGUUGACACUUGGGUUAAAUCUGUCUACAUCAAUGGUACUGGAAGGAUAUACGAGAAAGGGGAGUUCAUUGCUAAUAUCUUAUUUCAAGGGUACAGAGACUUUGGAAAUUUGAUAAACGUGAGUGGAGUUGUUGUGGUGUGUGAGCGGGAGUUGCUGAAUGCUUCUUGUCCUAGAAUGGAGUUAAAGGAAAAAGAAUUUGAAAUAUUGCCGAAUAAAACUUUAAUCUAUCAUGGCGAUCCAAUCUUGGAAUCUUGUCUUGAUUUAUCUCAGUAUGAAAUAACACACAACAGUAGCAUCUUGGUAUGUUAUGACGUUGAUAAAUUGAAGUCUCUGCUCCGAAAAGAUGUCUACCGACUGAAUUUCGAUCAGACAGAAGCUUACGUUAGUUUCGUACUCACUUGUAUUUCAAUAUUAGCAUUAGCCGUGGUACUUUUCACUUAUAUUGUAUUUACAAAACAUCGAAAUCUUCCUGGUUGUAAUUUGAUGAAUCUGACUCUUUCACUGUUCACUAUGCAACUGAGUUUCCUAAUUGGUCAGAGAACAGAAGUGACUGGGGCUUCAUGUAUAGUGGCAGGAAUUCUUCUUCACUAUGAGAUUUUAGCUUCUUUCUUCUGGAUGAAUGUCAUGGCUUUUGAUCUUUACCAGACUUUUGGUCACGAAAAAGUCUUGCCACUUAUUCGAAGUAAAAGAAAAUAUUUGCCACGAUAUAUGGCCUACUCUUACGGAUUGCCAUUGGUUAUUGUAUCAAUUGCUUUUGCUGCUGACAGCUGGAAUUAUGAUAUAAUAGCUCCAAGAUACGGAGAAGAAAACACCUGUUGGAUCGCCAAUCGAUAUGCAGCGCUUCUCUUCUUUGCCUCUCCCUUGGCUCUUGUCAUGAUUUCUAAUCUCUGUUUUUAUAUAUUAACCAUAUCAUCUGUUUUAGUUGUGCAGAGAAAAAUUAAGUUCAGUCGACAACACGCUCAAGGUAAGAGUGACGUCAUUCUUUAUGCCAGAAUGGCCACGGUUAUGGGUUUCACUUGGAUUUUUGGCUUCGCUGCUGCCUUGAUCCCAAAUGAAGGAUUCCCUAGGAAAAUACUUGUUUAUUUGUUUCUUGGAUUUAACUGUCUUCAAGGGCUUUUUAUUUUCUUCGCAUUCGUAUGUAAUCGACGCGUUGCAAGACUUCUCCAAAAUAUGUUUUUGACAACAAAACAUUCACGGUUAGUGAAAUGCCAUUAUUGUCACAGGAUAAUAUGUACAUGCGAAGCAAACAUUAUGAUGCGAAGCGCAUCUGCCGAUACUUGUUUUUCUACUGUUUCAUUGUCCACAAUCUCUGAAGAUUGUGGAAAAAAAGAACCAAAGAUUAUGAAUGCAACUUGGCAUCGACAAAUUAUUAGAAAUUCAGACUCAUCCACACCUUUACGACAGAACCCUACGUAGAGAUGAAAGAAAAAGGAAAAAUUUCAUUUAUCAUACAGUGAUGAAGGUCCCCAAUGGGACAGCGGUAAGUCUUCGGACUUGCAACGCUAAAAUCUGGGGUUAGAGUCCCUAUGGUAGACACAGCAGAUAGCCCAAUGUAUCUUUGCUAAAAGUAAUAAACAAACAAACAUUGAUCAAGAAUAUUCUUCUUUGGUGUUUGUGGUUUAAUUAUGCUUGAAGACGAGUUAUUAAUGUGUAAUGAAAUUUAGCUUUUUUUUAAGAUUCUGGCAAAAGUACGACUGAGUAGAAGUUUCUGCAAUUAUUAGAUUAUCAAGACAAGAAUAACUAAAGAAAUUAUGACAAAUAAUGCCAAAGA